GCGUGACAGACGGUUUGAGAUUCAACUUCUGACAUUGCUUCUUGUAAACACUAAAUGUGUUGUUACAGUUAGUGGAUUCAUAAGAAAGUUUAAAAUUGGAUUUACAUCUGUUGGAAUUAUUACCUGAAUUAUUCAAUAUCAUUGUAAAAUGACAGCAUAUCUGGCUUUUAACAAUGGUAAAACCUACCUAAAUUCAGAUGGAGAUGAUUUACAAAACAAUGAUAAAAGUAAUCGAUAUGCAAGUAAUAUCAAUUCACAUCAAAUGUCCUUGGAUUUAAAUGAAAAUAAACAAUUCGUUCAAGGAAUAGCCUACAAAAAAUCAAUUUUUGAAGAAUCACAUAAUACUAUAGAAAAGUCAUCAGAUGAUUGUACACUGGAAUCAAGAAAUUCCUUAUUAGCUUACAAACCAUCUACAGAAAUAAAUCCAGUUAAUCAUUUUGAAAAUCAUCUACCUGUUGAUGUACAGUCAUUAAUUCAACGUCAAACUCAAAUUAUUCAACAAUUAGAAAAACUUGAUAAAGAACUAUUGAUGUUAUUACAUGAAGAAUGGUCCAUUACAGGAAAUGUACCGUCAGAUUAUGAAUCUUUAAGUUUGAAGCUUGGCAUAUAUAAUAAACCUGUGAAAAAUACUUCAUAUCCAUUAUCGCAUGUUCUAGUUCAUAAGGCAAGUACAGUUAGUAUGAAACAAGAAUACUAUGAGUUUUUAAAGAAAAAGAAAUAUUUAUCAAUCACAGCAACUAAUAAACCGAUCGUAAAUGUUUCAGCAGAAUCUGUAUCAAUCACAAACAAUUCGAAAAUCGAUGAUUUUUCACUUCCAAAUGAUGAAAAUGUUGAACGCCAUAAAAAUACAGCACGACGUUUGGUUGAAGCAUUCGGUCGCAGUAUUAGCACUGAAUUAUUAUUGCAGAAUGACAAAUUAUACAACCCUAUUGACUUAACUGACAGAUACCCUCAUUCAAAUACUUCUUCUUUUCACGAUUACAGUUCUGUGAAUUUAAAUUUUGAUAAACAUCAAUAUAACACAUUUAAAACAGAUAAUCAGUUAACCCCAUCAGAAUAUUAUCGUUUAAACAAUGUGACAUCAAUGUCUGAUUACAGCUCAUUUCUGUCGGCUGACUAUUCACCGACAACCUCUAUCCGAAGUGAUUAUAGAUCACUUAAAAAUAGUGUGAAUAGUCAUAAUAACAAUCAAGAAGUAUUAUCUGAUUUAUCUAGUAAUUUGUUAUCAUCUAUUAAUUGCCAUAAUCGAUGCAAUGCAAAUAGCCGAAAUCUGAAUGAUGAAAAGUCUGAUUCAAAAGAAUUGAAAGAAUCUGUAAAUGAAGAUCUUAUUGAAACUAAUGAAAUUAUACAAAUAAAGAUGGACGGUUAUGCUGAUAAUGAGGAAGAAGAAGAUACUGAUCGCAUUGCUUAUGAGAUUGAAUUACGACGUCUUGAAGUUGAUUUUGCAGUUAUAUCACAAUUAUAUGCUGUGCAUAAACAAAGAGCUAAAGAGACGAAAUUUGAAUCAUACAAAAUUGCAUAUAAAUCCAAUUCUAAAAAGUUAAAGGAUAUCACGGAACAAAUGAAUCACAUAAAAACUGUAUUAUUAUCAAAUCAACAAUUAAGCAAAGAACAACCUAUUGUUUCAGUUGAUCGAAAAAUGAUACAGAAGCAUAUUUAUAAGCGACGGAAAACAUGGAAUCCACUGAAACUUAGUAGUUCUAACUGGACUAUGGGAAAUGGCACAUCACCUAGACGAUCCAAACUUGAUUCCAUACAGUUCCAGGAUUUCUCCUCACCGGUUACACCGAAUACUACUAAACCUAAACAUGACAUUUUUACAGAACGUCGUGAGUCAACAGUUGUAGGAAGAAGGAUACAACAUACUCUUCCACGUCACAGUAAGCUUUUUUACGAAAAAUCUUCAAAAUGUGAGGCACCAACUGAAACAAUUUCCGUAAGACAAGACAUGGAUGAAUACUUUGACCCAAAUCCUAGUAAAGAAAUCAACGUAACACCAAUUAAACAAGAUAUAACAAAAAAGCCUAGAUCUGCGUUAUCUAGUCCAGUUCUACAUCCUUUAGGGCCCGACUGUAUUACUAACUUGCAUGAAGACCUUCAUCAUUCUUCCGAUUCCAAUCCUAUAAAUACUCCGGCAUCAAUCAACGCUGUCGUACAAGAAAAAAUUACAUCUCAAGAUCGUUCUGUAAAUAAAACAAUUGUUCAUGACCGACGCCGAAAAUAUGUUAAAACUUCAAAACGAUCACAUUCACUAUCAUCAGAACUUUUUAUUGUUUCUGUUGAUGACACAUACAAUCUUCCACAUAGUCUAGUGAAAAAAAUUGCUCGGGUUCGUUCUCUUCCACAAUUUAAUAAUGGUCCAAAUUGUUCCAAUGAAUACAUGGAUUAUGUCAAAAAGAAAAUAGUACAUGAAAGUUAUUCAGUUGAUGGGAAACUUAAAAAUCUUAAACGUCAACCACUAAGUGUAACAACUCAAUCAUCCGGUAUCGGGUUCAAUAAUUCAUCUGCUUCUGUUGAUUACACAGAUGCGUUAGGAUCGCCUAACUUAAACUGUGCUAAAUGUAUACCCAAAAAGACCAGUUCAUCAAAUACAUCUUCGUCUAAUUGGUCAACUUCCGGUUGUUCAUGUUUAUCUUCUCAGACAAACAGUUCAUCUCCAUAUGAAGAAUGUGCCUUGAAAAGAAAUGGGGACUUCAACGUUGAGGACAAACGAAGGGCUAAACCCGAUUUAGCCAACUCUGGUGAUUGUUCUAGUACACCAACAAGAAAUUGUUCGGAAGAAGCUACUAAAACUAAGGUUAUACUAAGACAUUUUGAUAAGCGAGGGAGAAGAGUAACUACCCCCCUUAUGGAAAAUCUUAAUGCACAACCUUUCGGAAUGUCUGUCUCUGCCAGAUGUAUUUGCAGUUGCUUCUCGGAACAUGGUCAUUUUUUAACUACUGCCGAAUCACAUAUUUGCCAGUGUCGUCAUCCAGAUAACCAUACUAACACAAAUACAUCUAUACAACUCAAUAAAUCUGAAUUUGGGAGCAGUCAUGAAAUCCCGACAACACAGGAUGAAGGUAAUCUUGUGUCUCUGCCAUCUUCUGUAUGUUAUAGUGAAGAAACAGAAUUAGUCAAUAUAUCUAGUGAUCGACUGCAUUCAAAGGCUUCUUUGGACUGUUAUUCUUUACAAACUCCAAAAAGUCAUGAUGAAAGUCAGAACAAAGAGAUAGUUUGUUUGCAGACUCCUAAUAAUAAUUCUGCUAGUGCCCUUAAAGGUCGACUAAGCUUAAAACCAUUUUCUUUGAUAAGGCGUGCAGUUUCAAAAGUCACAACAAAUUCAGGUCGUCGUUCACUUAAUACAAACUCACCUUUCAAAAUAAAUAAAAAGAAAUGUAUCACUAGCCCAACAAUUUUACCCUCGCUUACUACAGACAGGCUUAAGGAGAUUAAAACUAAUAGCGCUACAAAUGAUAACAGUGAUACUUGUAGAAAACUGAAGUGCUCACUUAGUGACGUCCAUGAUUCUUUGGGAUACCAAUCAAAUCCUAGUAUCACUACCAUUACAAAUAAUAACAACAAUAUGCGUCGUUUUACAUGGGCCAGGAAAAUUCGACAUUCAAUGCGUCCAUCACAUGUGGUACCAAAUAAAUGUGCAAACUAAACUCUAGAAUAUUUUUAUUAUUUUACAUCAAGUAUGUACAUACUACUUUGUCUUACCUGUGAUCUGAAGCUUAGAUUACCUAUUAUUAUCAUUAUUCCGACAGUAGCUGAAACGUGAUCAUUUAGAUUGUCAACAUAUUUAUUUAGUAAAAUGCAGUAACUGCAUGAAAUUGUUUAUGCACAUUGAUGACCUAUUUGUUUGCAAAUAAUGUCUUACGUGUACAUACAGAAUAUCUUCAUAGUUUUUUUCAGAAAAAUAUGAACAAAGUAAAAAUAUUACUGUUUUGAAAAUCUUUUUCGAAUAAUUUUGUACAAAAUAUGAUAUUGAUAAGUUUCAUUCUGUUGAUAAAAACUCCUAGAGAAUUGUUUUAAUUUGUAAUUAAUUAUCAC